AUGGAUUUCAAUCACCCUUUUUCAGAAUCAGAAUUCAGAAUUAUCACUAACAAUGAAGAAACCCUUGAAGAAAUGGCGCAAGCAAAAGCGAUAAUGGAAUUGCAUAAUGAAAUACGAGAAUUACAAGCAACACACAAGGAAGAGCUUGCUUCCACACGCACUCAAGAUCAAGCAAAGCACGCCCAAGAGCUUAUUUUAAUGGAAACAAAACAUACGGAAGUGCAAGCAAAGCACACGAAAUAG